UCAUAAAAACAUAUGAAAUGAGAAAAUUGCUCAUGUGGGUCAAUGAAGGGCCCAAAAGCAAAAAUAAACCCUAUAUCCCCAAUUUUUGUUCUUGGAUUUUGCAUUUUCAAUAUUGAUCGUUGGGAACCUAACUUCUGAUAUUCGGUUAUCACAACAGUUCGUUCACCUUCAUUUUCAAUUAUUCGCUUCGUUACCCUUAAUUUGAUUCUAAGUUUGAAGCUUGUGGGGAUUAAGCAGCGUUUAUUAAACUAAUUAGGGUUGUCAAGGGCUGGCAGAUAUCUGCCCUUUCAAAUGGUCUCUAGUAACGAGCCUAUGCACGCAUGUUCUGGAAAGAAAAGGAAACACGAGAUGGGUGAUAAUGCUGAUUGCGUCGAAGAGUGUUCUAGGCCAAAAGAAAUUCAAGGGGAAAAAGAUGUGAUGGAGAAUGAUGUUAAUUGUGUCAAAGAGGGUGCUAGGCUAAUAGAAAUUCAAGGGGAAAAAUGUGAGAUGAAGGAUAAUGCUAACUGCGCGGAAGAGGGUGGUAGGCCAAAAGAAAUUCAAGGGGAAAAAGAUGAGAUGGAGGAUAAUGCUAACUGUGUUGAAGAGGGUGCUGAGCCAAAAGAAAUUCAAGGGGGAAUGGAGUUGGAGAAAACGGCACAGAGUGUGGAAUCCAUGGAUCGUAUAUCACAUUUGCCUGAUCACGUCAUUCAUCAAAUUCUUUCCCUCCUUCGAAAUGUGAAGGAUGCAAUCCGAACCAGUAGUUUUUCCAAGAGAUGGAGAUCACUGUGGUAUUCCUAUGGAGUGUUGAUUUUUGAUGAACACAAGUUUGCUGCUGGAAUUGAACCUGAAGAUGGCAGUAAUAAGGAAAGUAUGUUUAGAGAUUAUGUAACUGACACUCUGCGUACGUACCUUGAAAAAUGUUCGCAGAUACAGAAAUUGUUGCUACAUAUGACCUCCUAUGACUUAGUAGAUACUCCAGUUGUGGACAGCUGGCUAACUUUUUCCUUCGCAGCAAAUAUAAAAGAACUAGAUCUCCAUAUUGGCUUCAAGGAUAGCAAGCGCUAUACUGUUCCAGACAUUGUCUUUUCCUCCCAAACAUUGACCGGGCUAAGGAUAAGUGGUUGCAUACUGCAAAGUUGCAGCAAUAUAACACUUCCUCACCUGCAGAAACUUUAUCUACGAAAAAUUCACCUAGCUGAGCACAUUGUUCUAAAUCUGAUAUCCUGCUGCCCUUCAAUAGAGGAUUUAAGAUUCAUACAGUGCUCAGGUUUGAAAUACUUGUUUGUUUAUAAUCUUAUCAGUCUCAACAGAGUUGAGAUCCACAACUGCAAUCAACUGAAAAAUGUUGAUAUCUGUGCUCCUAAUCUUGACACAUUUUGGUUUUCUGGCAAGAAAUCGACGCCUUGCAAAGUUAGUUUGGAACUCUGUAAAUCUCUGAAAAAGUUGACGAUAGAGCAUCCACAGGUGACUCGUGACUUUUGUGAAAAUCAGUACUUCAAAUUUCCAUUACUUGAAAAAUUGGAUCUUUGUAUUUCCGACAAGAUGAAAUCUAUUUCAAUAUUUAACCCAUGUCUUAAGAGACUUGCUUUAAAAGGAUGCAAGAAGUUGAGUUAUGCUCAAAUAGUUGCUCCUAAUCUUGUUUCUUUUGAGUUGAAGGGUGAAAGCAUGCCAUUUGUUGACUUUUUCCCUUUCUGCCUCACUGAUGCCAAACUUUCUUUUGAAUCUAAAACUGAAGGUAGAGAUGUUGGACUUGGACAUGGUAAUAAACUAUGGUUUAUGAUGAGGCCUUUUAUAUCGAGGUUCAAUCCUGAAGGAUUUAAAUUGGUCAUUCAUUCUAAUAAGAAUAUUAUUAUUCAUGAAGAUUUGAACACAGUCAAAUACCCUCCAUUGCCCAACCUGGGCUUUGAAAUUAUCAAAGCAUCAGCAUGUCUGGAGGAUAUUUUGUAUGGUUUAUUGCGGACAUUGCAUCCAGUUUCUGUAUCUGUAAUUUCUUCCUCCGACAGCAAAUUCCCUGAGUCAGUGUAUGAAAUGAUAAAGAUCAAAGACGAGGAUGAUCCAGUCUGUUGCAGAUAUAACACUUCAAAAAAUAAAUGCUGGCGGCAUUUCUUGAAGGAUGUUAAGUUUGAGAACUGGGAAGAAAUGCUUGAUGUCGGCGAAGCCUCUGAAGAUGUAAAUACUUCUACUUUGUAUUUUUGGUUGCAGUUGUCAUAUACAACAAUGCCGUGUCAGAUGAGAAAUCUUGGAUUAUCGUGGAAUUCUCACCAACCUGAUGUGGAGACAUGAAAGAGAUUUAUUUAGUCAUUGAUUGACAGAAAAUUCUUUAAAGAAAGUUCUGCUUUUGGAAUCAAUGCCAUUGGCAUUUUGUAUCUCUCUCUCUGUAGUUUCUUCUUUUUAUUGUGAUAUCAAAAUAAAGUUUAAGUGAUCAGUGAUAUCUUGUUUCGAGCAACAUUUUAUAUAUUUUGAGCAUGAUUCUCCAGCCCUUUUAAUUUGGA